AUGGAUCAAGGAUCAAUUUUCACUGGUCGAAAAGCCCAGAAGUUUGAUAAGGAAAUGGGGUUCAAAUUAUUAAUGUCUACACCCUAUUACGCUCAGGCUAAUGGUCAGGUCGAAGAAGUGAAUAAGGUAGUAAUUGGGUUAAUUAAAAAGCAUGUGCAAAAAAAGCCAAGAAAUUUGCAUAAGACAUUAGACCAGAUUUUAUGGGCAUGUCGAACCUCGCCUAAAGAGGCUACAAAUGUUACGCCUUUCCGAUUAACAUAUGGUCAUGAUGUUGUUUUUCCAGUCGAAAUCUACUUACAGUCAACAAGAAUUCAGAGGCACCAUGAGAUUCCAUCUGAGUCUUAUUGGAACAUGAUGUUGGAUGAAUUAGUUGAUUUAGAUGAAGAAAGAUUUAAUGCCUUAGAACUAUUAAAAAGGCAGAAAAAUAGAGUAGAAAAGUCGUAUAAUAAAAGGGUCAAAGUUAACUUAUUCUUCACUAGAGAUUUAGUGUGGAAAGUGAUUUUACCCAUGGAUCGAAAAGAUAGAACAUUUGGAAAAUGA